UCUGACCAGCUGUUUUUGACUUUUGCCUUUUCCCGGAUUUUUAGUCGGGUUAUAGAGUGUAGUCUCAGUGUGAUUUGUGGUGGUGGAAGGUGAGGUCGUCCAGUCCGUGUCCGACUUUCACUUCUGCCCGUUACACGUUUUUCCUGGCGUACGUCGAGGACGGAAGAAAAUGCUGCUGAGGAUAAAGAGAUAACAGACGUCCUGGUCAGCAACACCGUCGAACAUUCUUUCGGACAACUCGGCGGCACUUCCUUUCACGGCCCUCCGGCAACAAUAAAGUACGAUGCGAUUUCUACCGAUUUUCGCCCUCCUGGGAUCAUGUCUAGUCCACUCGGUCUCCCCGAGGAGGGACGGAAACACAUUUUACAUGAAUCAGUUCGCGGUACACAUCCCAGACGGAGCAGAACACGCAGACAACAUCGCAUCCAAGCACGGAUUCUCCAAUCUCGGACAGAUUGGCAACCUUAAGGGAUAUUAUCUCUUUGAACACCAGCACGUUCACAAGCGAUCCCUCUCGACUGCUGAUGAGCACCACGAGAAACUCAGCAACGAGCCGCAGGUUCUAUGGGUCCAACAGCAACACGAAAAGAAGAGGCCCAAGAGGGACUUUUACUCGGGUUCGGCCGAGGACUUCGCCAGGCUGUAUCAGGAAUUCCCUCAGAACUACUUCAAACCCAGGGAGAACUCGAGAGUCGCCAAAAACGGCGUCUAUUUCACAGACCCUCUCUACAAAGAAGAAUGGUACCUGAACGGGGGAGCUCGAGGAGGCUUCGACAUGAACGUGAAGGCAGCUUGGCAGAAGGGCUACUCUGGGAAGGGUGUCGUCGUCUCCAUCCUGGACGAUGGUAUCCAGAUCAACCACCCUGACCUUGCCCAAAAUUACGAUCCUCAUGCCAGUUAUGACAUCAAUGACAAUGAUCCGAUCCCCAUGCCUAGGGACAACGGUGACAAUAAGCACGGGACGAGAUGCGCCGGCGAGGUUGCUUCUGUUGCUCACAAUAACUACUGUGGUGUUGGCGUUGCUUUUAAUUCAAGCAUAGGCGGUGUGAGAAUGCUUGAUGGGAGUGUGAACGAUGCCGUUGAGGCAAAAGCACUUUCGCUCAACCCAAACCACAUUGACAUCUACUCAGCUUCCUGGGGACCUGAGGAUGAUGGUAAAACAGUCGAUGGUCCAGGACCCCUUGCAAGAAGAGCUUUUAUCAAUGGAGUUACAACAGGAAGAAAUGGUAAAGGAUCUAUUUUCAUUUGGGCGAGUGGAAACGGAGGAAGACACACUGACAAUUGCAACUGCGAUGGCUACACCAAUAGUAUUUUCACACUUUCAAUUUCUAGCGCAACGCAAGGAGGAUACAAGCCUUGGUAUCUGGAAGAAUGCUCUUCGACGCUUGCAGCUACCUACAGUUCAGGCACACCCGGACACGACAAAAGCAUCGCUACUGUUGAUAUGGAUGGCACCCUUAGAUCUGAUCAUCUUUGUACUGUUGAGCAUACAGGUACUUCAGCUUCUGCACCACUGGCUGCAGGGUUGUGCGCUCUCGCUCUUGAAGCCAACCCAUCACUGACCUGGAGGGACAUGCAGCACAUUGUGAUCAUGACUGCAAACCCUAAACCGCUGACAAAUGAAAACGGAUGGACUUUGAAUGGAAUGAAGAGAAAGGUGAGCCACAAAUUUGGAUUUGGACUGAUGGAUGGAGCUGCGAUGGUAAGUCUUGCUGAAAAUUGGAUCACAGUCCCUCCACAACACAUCUGUAAAACACAAGAAAUCAUCUCAGAGAGGGAAAUCUCGCCUCUAUUUGGCAGUCUUUUAAAAUCAGAUAUUAACGCUAAUGGCUGUCCAGGGACAGUAAACGAAGUUCGCUAUCUAGAACAUGUACAGUGCAAAGUCACUCUCAGAUUUUUUCCUCGAGGUAAUCUCAGAAUAAUACUGACAUCUCCUUCGGGCACGUCAUCAACUCUGUUAAUGGAAAGACCGAGGGAUGUCGACAACUCUAACUUUGACGAGUGGCCUUUCCUUUCGGUUCAUUUCUGGGGUGAGAACCCUUACGGAAAAUGGACGUUGCAGAUUGCGAAUACAGGAAAUCGUAAAGUCAAUAGAGCAGGCUUCCUGAAAAAGUGGCAACUGGUAUUUUAUGGUACGGCUCAGCCUCCAUACAAUGGUUUUCCAGGGGAGAAAGCUGAUCCUCCGUACUCUCCGAUUCCUUCAGCACACCCGGCAUUCGUUUCAGAAAUAUUUUCCAGCUUCCCUUCUUUCCAAACAUUACCUAAUAUUUUCUCAGUCGCCGGAUCUGAAAAGACGAUGUCAAAAGUACCUUUGUCCGGAACGAGCGAUUCUAACGAGUUGGAAAGCUCAGGCUGCCAUGAAAGCUGCGCCACUUGCGCAGGGACGACACAAGACAGCUGUCUGACUUGCUCCCCUGACCUUCUCUACGUCACUGACCUCGGCCUGUGUCUUCAGAGAUGCCCAGAUGGAUACUAUGAAGAUACAGCUGGAAAUCAGUGCAUAAGUUGUCAAGGCAAUUGUGCAAGCUGUCCCGAUGGGCCGAACAUCUGCUCGUCGUGUGACCACCAUCUCAUCCUCCACAACAGCACCUGUGUCGCCUCUUGCCCAAAAUAUACUUAUGAAACAGAUGAUUACAGAUGCAAUCCUUGCCACUCGUCUUGCGGGACGUGCAAGCAAGGUGGAGCCUCAGGAUGCGUAACAUGCCUUGACGAUUCACCCGCUUCAGUGAACGGACACUGCCCGCUCCCUGGGACUAGGUGCUCGACGCCCCAUUGUGUGACGUGCUUGAGCGGUGUAUGCAGUGAAUGUGCUGCUGGCUACCUACUCAACAAUGCCCAUCAUUGCUACCCUGAUCCUAAAGCAGGGUGCAAACCAGGUGAAUACAAAACAGAAAAAGGAUGCAAGCCUUGUGUAGAUUUCACAAACUGUACAAGGUGUCCUCCCGAGCUUAACAUUCUAAACAACACUUGUGUCGUAUCUUGUGGCUUAGGGUAUUUCACUGAUAGUGGCUGGUGCCAAAAGUGUGCAAAGAAUUGCGCCGAGUGCCAGGGCGACCAGGCAGACCAGUGUCUCUCGUGUGAUAGCGGUUAUAAAGUCACUCCAACCGGCACUUGUGUCCAGGACUGCCCUUCAGACACGUACACUACCAAUUGGGGAUGCAUCAAGUGCCAUCAUUUCUGUUCAUCUUGUUCAGGAGAAGGCCCGUAUGCUUGCACCUCCUGCAUACCCGGAAGGUAUUUAGACGCAGCAUCUAAACUGUGCAUGCCCUGCACUCCUUGCAAUUCAACACAUAAGCAUCAAUGCUGCCAUUGUGAUCCUGUCACAGGAAAGUGCCAUUUGCCAGCAGGGAAAAGGCGUAUAACAUCCGAACAGGCCGAAAGGGCUCAUCAAGACGAGCUAAUAGCCGAAGCGUCAAUGACUGACUUUACGAGAGAAAAUCCGUCUCAGUUCACAAAUGUGACUUUGAUCGCGGUCGCAUCCUGCGCUUCAGUAGUCGUACUGUUCGGUGUAAUCUUUGCAAUACUACAGAUGCAGUCGUUGAGAUGGGAAAGGCGAGGCGGAUACACCAAAGUUCCUAUCCAAGACAUGAAAUUUUCAUCAUUCGGCGAGCCUAAGAUGAAAAACAGCAAGAUCCAGUUCCGUCAGCAGGAACUGAUGGAGUACCUUGACGACGAAGACGAUGAACACGUGAUCCACUCGACCAAAUCCUAGUCCCAGAACGCCCUUCACCCUCGACUCACGAACAACACCACUGAAAAGAAACGACCCACCCCACUGUAAAUUUUCCCCGUAUUCAAAUUCAACGCCCAAUUUUUUUUUUUAACCAUUGAGAACAAAUGAAAAGCAAAGUGCCUAUCAGUUUUUCAAACGCCACGGGGCAAGUGGCUGUUUCUUUUCUUAUUUUUUUUAUAUAUUUUUUAAUUUAAAAUUAUUUGAUAAUUACUUUAGAUAACUUAUAAUGAGUUAAGUCCAGCGGCUUGAAACUAGUUUCUUGUGAUGCAGAGGUUUAAUAUGCAUGUCGGGGUACAUCCCCAAAGUCUAUUUUGGUAAGGUUACCCUUCUUUUUCUUUUAUUUUUGUUUUCUUUUUGAAAAACUAAUUUAACAAAAUAUUCUAGUUUAGAAUUUAAUAUUUAGCUUUUCUUAUUUUGUUUCCAAACGUUCUAAGACAGCUUAUUUUUGUUCUAUGUAAAGUUUUUGUCAUUCUUUUCUAUGUAGUUUUUUAAUAUUAAUUAGAACAAAUAUUGUCUGAAGAAAGAACAAAUAGGCACUAAAAAUCUAGACUCUCUUUAUACUUCUUAGACAAUAAGAAUACUAAGAUAACAAGUGAGAGUUAAUAAAAAAAAAGAAGUUUAUAUAAAACUUCAUAAAAAAAAAUUAAAACAGAACAUUCCCAUAAAUAAUUUAUGAUUUAUUUUGGUUCAAUAUAUUUAUUUUGUAUUUAACAGUUAUUCAACAAAAAAAUUUUACCCAAAGUAUUAGGUGUGUAAAAAGAUCAACAAAACAAAAUAUCAAAUUACUUUUUACUUAUUUAUAUUUUCAUUUUUUUUUUUUUUUUAAAUUAGAUAUUUUAAUGUAAAGAUUCAUAUUUAAUCGUAUUUAUUUCAACUAAAUAAUAAUUCAAUGCUGUACACUGAGCCAGAAAGGAAAUUCGGGCUGUCCCAUGGUUUCCUUUUUAUAUAUAUGUUAAAACGAAUCACUUCUGACUUAUUAUAUCUGUAUAUAAACAAUGUAUUUUAUGUAUCAACCAAGAAUUUAAAUGUUUAUAAAUAAUAUAAGUAAAAUAAUAUAUUUUAUGUGAUUGCAUUGGGUGAUAUCUUGUAAAUAUAGUUUCAAUGAAGGAAUAAAAGCAUUUGUAAAAAUC